AUGGCUCUCUUUUUAUUUGGUCUCCUUCCAGGAUACCUUCCACUACCGGAAGUUCAGAUGUGGGGAUGGUGGAUAAAACAGAUCCUAACGCCAAUCAUUGCCGUGGUUGGAAUUGUGGGUAAUUCCAUGUCUUUCAUCGUUAUGAAGUCCAAGGCUCUCCGCAACAAGUCUUACAGCCAUUAUCUGUGCUCCCUAGCCGUGUUUGACAGCCUGACGCUGAUUGGACGUGAGAUCCUCAUGGCGGACGAGCUCAGGCAGCACAUGGGGAUGCCUAGUCUGUUCCAUGGAUUCCCGGACAACGCGUGCAAAGCGUACAAGUUCUGUGAGCACCUGUGUUACCUCAUGUCCUCGUGGUUGAUCGUUGCCAUGGCAUUCGAACGAAUUGUCGCCGUCUUUUUUCCGUUCAAGAAAACUUCGUUCUGUAACCAGAAAGUGGGCGUGACGCUGAUCGUCUCCAUGGUGAUCGUGUUGUCCUGCACGCAGCUGUUCAGGCCGAUGAUGGUGGUGAACAGCGAUGGUUUGUGUCGAGCCAGAGACGACUUCAAUCUGAUUUACAUCCAGCUGCAUACGUUCUUAUAUCAGAUCACUUUAAUUUUCACGUUGCCCACUUUACUUGUGCUCCUCUGCAAUGGACUGAUUCUCUACAAAAUUCACGAGAUUCGCAAAGCCACGCGAGACUACAGCGCCACGGCAACAACAACAACAACCACGUCGACGCGCCUGACCCACGGCUCAGGACCGCAGCACAAGACAACGUUCAUGCUGCUGGUGAUUUCCUUCACGCACGUGGUCUUGAUUCUCCCGCUGAUCGCUCUCACACUCACUAUUCUUGUGGUCACGAAGAGAGGCGGGAUGGACGGAGCGAGAUUCCUGUACGCCAUGAAACCUUACGGUGACGUCCUCGAGGUCAUAUCGGAACUCAACUACGGUGUGAACUUCUUCAUUUACGUCAUAUCCGGGAAAUCCUUUCGCCGGGAACUGCGGAAGCUCUUUGCCAGUGAACGACGUCACGUAUUCAGCAGUAUCCGAACCAGAGACACAAACAGUCGCUAG